GCAUUCAUUACAUCGCCUCUUGUUGGAGGUGGAGGUAGGACAUCGUACUUCAUUGGAAGGGGACAUUACUGUGCGUAGCCCCGGAAAAGGUCCUCCCCUUUCUACUUCUCUUUUCCAGUCCAGCGCACUCGCGAAAAGGGAGACUGCACAAGGAAUAAACCCAAAUGGAGGUGUAUCGGCGCAUCACGGAGCGGGUGCGGGGUGCGCUGUGGGCUCACCACCGCCGCCUCAUGCCGGAGCGACAGUUCCACCGCAUUCUCGCGUACGUCUACAACAACAAGUACGAGUAUCAAAUUCGAUUUGACCGCAUGUCCGUGGUCGGCCACGCCUGGGGAGGCCGCGUGGAGGUGAUGACGACGCCCGCCGGAUUUGUGAAGCGCGUGCGUGUAAACCCCGCCGUGGAGGACUUGACACCUGCGCAGCAACACAAGCUGGUGAUGGCCGCCUACUCCGACGCGUGCCAGCAGGGACGUGCGCUGAUGGAGCAGGCCGAGCUGCGGGUGUACAAGCAGUUUCUGAAGGACUUGAAGCCGGUUAUUCUCGGCAUCCGCGAUAAUCCGGAGUUCUACACGGUGUCGGAGGACUCGCUUGAAACCCUCGGUGGUGUGCUGCGGCGCACCAGCGACGGCGCAGAGGCGGCAACGCACCGCACCAUUCCGAUGGCCAAGGCCCACCAGCCGGUAGACGAGGUCCGCCGACGCCACGCGUGGGAGGAGCAGUGGCUGGCCAGCAAGCAGGGGCAGCAGUGGGCCCACACCUUACAAGGCAAGGAGUACUUCUCAAAGCACGGGCCGCAGUACCGCCCGCGUGGCGCGCCCGGCGCGAAGAAGCGUGUGCUGCCCUUUGAGCUGCUUGCCCCCUACACGCCGAUGGACGAGGGCCGGCUGCUCAAGAAGAACUGGAUGGCGUACAUGGAUAACAAACACGUUGCGGAGUCCCUGUGGACGCGCGCGAAGGUGGCGGAUCGCGAGAAGCAGCUGCGUCAGCUGCAGGAGCGUGGUCAGGCGUGGCAUCAUCCUAUUAACGAAGAUGUUGCUCAUCGUUGGUAG